AUGGCCGAACAGUCAGACUUCUUGCCCCUUCAAGUGGCUAUAAAUGGGUGCGGUAUCGCUGGUCUUACGGCUGCAAUUGCUCUUCGAAAACAUCCCAACAUAAGUGUAGUAUUGUAUGAGAAAGCAACUGAAUUAAAAGAAAUCGGAGCAAGCAUAGCUUUAGGACCGAAUGGCCUCCGAACCCUUCAAAAAUUGGGACUGGACAAUGCGAUCAGCGACGAAGUAGCGUUUCGAGGUCCCUCGAACAUACCCAUGAUUUAUCGUCACUGGAAAACCAACGAGAUAAUUGGCACGGAUGUGCAUGAAGAUGUCACUGAGCAUCUACAUCAAACUGCACGUUAUCAUCGCGCCCAUCUUCAUCAGGCUUUGCUUGAGAACGUUCCACGGAGCAUCAUUCGUCUUCGGAAAAAGCUUGUCUCUACGAAGGUAGAUCCUCAAGAAAGCGUGACGCUGGAAUUUGAAGACGGAACAAUAGCAACCGCAGAUAUUUUGCUUGGAGCGGAUGGACUACAUUCAAGAGUCAGAACAUCAUUCGUUCCUGACUUCGAGCUCAAAUGGAGUGGUUGGACUGCAAUUCGUUCCGUGUUUGAUGCUUCACUGACUGAAUCAAUCCCCGACGUUCCUCUUGACUCAACCCAUUGGUUGGGUCCAAAUACGAACUUCUUUGCCUCCCGACUAGGGAAGAACACCUACACUGUUGUUGGUGGGGUCAAUGCGGAUCCUAAAGACUCAUCUGCCACACUCAAAAACGCAGAGUGGGACCAGGAAGCUAGCGUCAGCUUACUACGGGACAUAUAUUCUGAUUGGAAUCCUGUAGUGAGAACCCUCACAGAAGUCACGCCUUCGACUCGCUUCUAUCCCAAUUUCUCCGGAUCCUCACUCUCUACAUGGGUCUUUGGGUCUCGCGUAACCCUCAUCGGUGAUGCAGCCCAUGCCCACGGAGGUGCAUAUGCCACAGGCGGCUCUCUAGCCAUCGAUGAUGCAUACUGCCUCUCCCUCGCCUUGCUCUCUAUCUUUCCUUUCACAGCUACAAGAAAGCCAUCGUCCAGAGAAAUUGAAACGGCUCUGAGGCUAUAUGAAGCCACCCGGAAACCACAUGCCGAAAGAUUGCUGAAGAAAGUCCAUGCUGCAAAUAGUGCCAAGACAGCCAAAGUUGGAAAUCCAGAGAGUGAUGAAGAGUUGCGAGCAAGGGCAGCCAAGGGGUCAGACACCAAUUGGCUUCAUGAGCACGAUGUUGAAAAGGCGUUCGAAGAGACGAAAUUGCGGAUUGAGGGACAACUUCGGGAUAUAGACGAUGUUUCAGCCAAACUGUGA